ACGCCGUCACAACCUUCAAAAAUUGACCCGACAUUGUUAUCCAAAAUGGAACCCACUUUUUCACCCAAAGGGCUAAUUUGUCCACAAAAAUUUUAUUUGUUUUUGACCUCAAUUAGUGGUGCUCCUCCAUCCGUUUGCCAACGGUGGUGGCGCCUUGGCCCCACGCGGUUGACGACAAGCGUGGGACGGUGGAAGAUUAAAAAUAUUAAAGUUUUUUUUUUCUUAUUUUGCCCGUUGAUCACGGACCAAUAGUAAUCAAACAAUCUUCACCGUCGGAUGGAAAACCAACAAUCAUUUAUAACCGUUUGUGACCCAUUGGUGAUUUUUAAAACGGUAAAUAUAAAAUGGUUUUUUUUUUCUUUGGUGGAUUUUAUUUAAAAAGAACAGAGUUCAACAGACAUCCUCUGAAAGCAAGCUGCUGCUGACGUUCUUGCCUUUGCCUCCCUUGUUUUGUUUCUGGGUUCUUUUCUUUCGCUUCUUCUGGGGUUUUGGCCUUUUUACGUUUUUGCUUUCUUUGAUUGUUAAGUUAACGAAAUAGAAAACAAAACACAAAGAGUAGAUAAAAUUCGUGAACUUGAAGGCAAAGACGUGAAUUUGAAGAAGAAUUUGGAGAUUUUUUUUUUAAUGAUGAUAAUGAUUGAGAAAUAGAGAGUGAUUUUCCAUUUUAGAAGCUGAUAAAUGCUGGUUGACCAUUCUUGUCAAAUAAGAAAAAUUUUCAUGUGGGGCUGGCGUUAAUGGCAAGGUUGUACAAAAAACAAUAACUGCUGCUUAGUGAAAGAAUCCCAGUUUCCUAGAAAGAAGAGAUUUUUUUAUUUAUUUUGGGUUAUUUGUGUUCGAUAAUGUCGUCGAAUACUUCAUCAGAGAUGCAAGAACCGAGCAUCGACACAGACAAGUUGAGUUACGAAAUAUUUUCGAUUCUGGAAAGUAAAUUUCUGUUUGGGUACGAUGAUCAUCAGAAGCUAUGGAUUCCGAAACCGAUCUCUCCGGCUUCUGAACCGAAGCUUGAGCCGUUGGUUGCUCAACCGGGUGAUGAGAAUUCCCUGUCAGCUAUCAAGAACCAGAGAGGUAAAAUCUGUAUUUUGACUAUUGAUAGCGGUGGCAUGAGAGGGAUUCUUUGCGGGAAAGCUUUGGCUUAUCUUGAACACGCCUUGAAAUCCAAGUCGGGUAAUCCGAAUGCUCGAAUCGCCGAUUUUUUUGACGUCGCCGCUGGUUCUGGUGUUGGUGGUAUCUUCACCGCCAUGCUUUUCGCCACCAGAGAUAACAACCGCCCGAUUUUUACGGCUGAGGAGACAUGGCGGUUCCUUGCUGAUAAUGGGAAGCGGAUAUACCGGUCCGGUUCGAGUAAAAAUAGCGGUAUUUUGAAAAAGAUUUUGAAAAACGGUAAGACCGUGUCGAAUUCAACCGGCUUGGAGAAGGCGAUGAAGGAGGUGUUCGCGGCGGAUGGAAGGAGUUUGACGUUGAAAGAUACUCUAAAACCCGUUUUGAUCCCGUGUUAUGAUCUUUCCAGCAGGGCGCCGUUUUUGUUUUCCAGGGCGGAUGCCUUGGAGACGGAUAGUUUUGAUUUUCCAUUGUGGGAGGUUUGUCGGGCCACCUCGGCUGAACCCGGUUUAUUCGAACCUUUUUUGAUGCGGUCUAUCGACGGUCAGACCAGGUGUGUGGCGGUUGAUGGUGGGUUGGCAAUGAGCAAUCCAACGACUGCAGCCAUUACGCACGUGUUGCAUAAUAAACAGGAGUUUCCUUUUGUUAUAGGCGUUGAGGAUUUGUUGGUUCUGUCAUUGGGAACCGGUCAGCUUCUUGAGGUUAGCUACGAAUAUCAGCAAGUCAAGAAUUGGAGGGUCAAGGAUUGGGCUAAACCAAUGGCUCGAAUAUCCGGUGACGGUUCGGCCGAUUCGGUGGACCAAGCCGUAGCCAUGGCGUUUGGACAAUGUAGAAGCACCAAUUAUGUAAGAAUUCAGGCCAAUGGCUCCAGUUUAGGCCGGUGCAGUCCUAACUUAGAUUCAGAUCCCAGCACCAGCAAUGUACAGAUGCUGAUAGAAAUAGCUGAGGAAAUGCUGAAGCAGAAAAAUGUUGAAUCAGUGUUGUUUGGAGGCAAAAGAAUUGGAGAACAAAGCAAUUUCGAGAAGUUAGAUUGGUUUGCUGGUGAACUUGUGCAAGAACAUCAGAGGAGGAGUUGCCGAAUAGCUCCCACUGUUGCAUUCAAGCAAGCAACCCCUAAGACCAACUAGCUUUAGUACAACAAGAGUGACCCAAGAUAUCAGACAUGAUCCAAGAUAUCAUACUCCUCAACAACCGGUCGCUGUCUGUUGCUAUUGUUCUAACAUGAAAUUUGAGUAACAUCGAGUGAAUAGGUCAGUAAUUAAGAUUCAUUCUAAUAGUUUUGAAUUUGAAUUUUAUUGAAGAUUAUUUAUUAAAAAUUAUUUUAAAUAUAUAAUUUUUAAUCACUCAUAGUAAAUUAUUGAAUACGAUGUAUGUGGUUCUGACUUAACUAUCUAUCUAUUUUGGAUUUAUUUAAGAAAAAAAAAAGCAUGAAAUUUGAGUUGGAAUGCAAAUGUUUAAAAAUAGAUAAGAUUAAAAAAGGACGGUGGAAGAGAAGAACAAGAGGAAACAGUGAUGUGAGCUAGACAGCUCCCAAUGUUAAAGGGACAAACAGUGUCUACCGACACUCGUACUUGAAAUGGUUAAAGGGUAAUCUAGUCAUUUUAAAGGGACAAACUUUCAGUCAAUGCAAGAAAAUCAAAACCAUAAAAAAGUCUGCCCGUCGUCCGGAAAAAGGAUUGCUCUUUGUGAUCAUAUUGUGUUUGAAAAAGCUAAUUUCUUUUGCCCUCUUGCCCUUUUUUCUUCUUUUUUAAGCCCAUUAACUUUGAACCAAUUACCUUUGCUUUUCUUCUACUAAGAUUAACGUAUAAUUCUUUGUUUACGCGCUUAUAUUUUUGAUAGCAUAAGUUUAUAA